UUCUUCUUCUUAUCCCUCUUCCUCUUUUCUCUUGGUAUGAGAAUAAGAAACUGAAAGAAAAAAGCUGCCUGUGGUUUAACAAAAAAAAUAGUAUUAUUGUUUCAUAACCGCGAGAGCCGGAUGGAUUUUUAUGACACGGUUGCAGGCGCGUUUCGGCUGCUCCACUACCUCUUGGCUUUGAAUUUCGCGUGAUAUGCCGGGAGAAGAAAACAUUAAUAAACCCCAAGAAGAGGAAACACCACAUGGAUAGCGCGGCGGAGGAUCAGCCCGUAAACUUCGAGCCUGUUGCAGCUUCCGACGCCAAGUAGAGGGGAUCACACGGAGACACGAGGCGAUUAAGAAGAGAGAAAAAAGCCCUCCGUGUUCUUGGUUUUUUUUCUACGGAGAAGCCCCCCCCCCCUCUCCCCGCACUCAGAUCCAGCUCCCACCGCGUCCUUCCAAGUCGGAGCGUGGAGCGGGGCGAGAGAGAGAGAGCGACACACAGAGCGACCGCCCGCCGGGGAGGAGCAGCCAGCCGGAGGAGUCGCGCUGAAUUUGCACCGCUCUCUGUGUUUUUAUUUUUGGUUUGGCAUUUUUGAUUGCCGUCUUCACCUCAUUCUUCUACUUCAUCACCAAACUGCGCACCUUCCUCCUGCUUACACAAGCACCCACCCACACCCCCGAUAUAUGUGGGAGCCCUGAGAGCGCAUCCAGGGGGUGGGGGGGGGGGUGGGGGUGUUGCAUCAGAGCACCGAGUCAGCGGGGCCAGAGAAGAGUGCUCCCUGCCGGGGCACCCGAAGCCGACAUGCCGCGGAGGAAGCAGGAGGCGCCUCGGCGCGCAUCAGCAUACGUCCCUGAAGAUGAGAAGGAAGCAGCCCUGUUGGAUGAGGACCUGGAUGGAGACGACUCAGCUCAGGAAGGGGAGGAGCCUGCAUCCAAGUUCCUAUGUCAGGACAGGCCAGGAUCCACUGGCUUCCAUGACUCCCCAAACGCUGCUGACUUUUCUGGUCAAGAGCUGGACAGUGAGUCUCACCUGAGUGAAUCCAGUGACAGAAUGUCAGAUUUUGAGAUAUCCUCUCUUAAAAACGAGGAUGAUAUCAUCCUCUCGAAAGACCCCUCGAAUGCCCUUUCCAUUUCUUCCUCCUCUGUCAUGAUGGCUGUUGCCAAUGCUGCUGCCCCAGAAAGUGGAGACAAGGCCAUAUUAGCCACAACAGGGUCUGUGGCUGACAGCCUGGAGAAGAUGAAGGCCAUUUACACCUCCUUCCUGACCAACUCCUAUUGGUCCACACUGAAUCUGAACCUGAGCCAGCCCCCUCCGGAAAAAAACCCUCGCAGUCACAGCAGUAGCAGUAGUAGCAGCAGCAGCAGCAGCUGUGGAAGUGGAGGCUAUGACUGGCACCAGACAGCUAUGGCUAAAACCCUCCAGCAGGCCUCACAGAACCACCACAACAGACUGGGCAUGAUUCAACAUCCCACAGUGGCUGUAUCCGCAGCAUCUACAGAACCCCACCUCUUUAGCACCGUCCAGCUGUACCGACAGAGCUCCAAGCUGUAUGGCUCUAUAUUUACUGGUGCCAGCAGGUUCCACUGUAAGGACUGCAGUGCGGCGUAUGACACCCUAGUGGGGCUCACCGUACACAUGAACGAGACAGGCCACUACCGCGACGAUAACCACGAGACGGAUAGUGAUGGUACCAAACGGUGGUCCAAACCAAGAAAGCGGUCCUUGCUAGAAAUGGAAGGCAAGGAGGAUGCACAGAAAGUUCUCAAGUGCAUGUACUGUGGACACUCCUUUGAAUCCCUGCAGGACCUAAGUGUCCACAUGAUUAAGACAAAACACUACCAGAAAGUGCCUCUAAAAGAGCCUGUUACACCACUGGCCGCUAAGAUUAUCUCCUCGGCUCGAAAGAGAGUCUCCAUGGACUUAUAUAACGCUAGCUCGCCAGACUCUAAUGGAGGCAUCACACCUAAGCCCAACUCCGUCAUUGACUCCAAUGACAUCCUCCAAAAGGUCACCAAUCCUUACAUAACACCUAACAACCGCUAUGGACACCAGAACGGCGCCAGCUAUGCCUGGCAGUUUGAAUCCAGGAAGUCACAGAUCCUCAAAUGCAUGGAGUGUGGUAGCUCUCAUGACACACUACAAGAGCUCACCGCUCACAUGAUGGUGACCGGACACUUUAUUAAAGUCACCAACUCUGCUAUGAAGAAGGGCAAACCCAUUUUAGAAUCAUCUACCCCAACCCCCAAACCCCCUAUUUUAAUGGCUGAAGAAAAGUUCCAGUCCGUUCCCUUGGCUGCCACAACAUUCUCCCCUCCACCUGCUCCAGUGCCACCUCCAACCAGCAUUUCCCCCAUUGCCAUGGUUGUGGAGAUAAAAAAGGAGGAGAAGGAGGAAGAAUGCACUAAAGAGUUCAUCAUCAACAAUGGUGGCAAUUCCAACAAGGAGAAGAAGACAGGAGGUGAGGAUGAGGCUGAGGAGAAGUUUGAUAUUUCUUCAAAAUACUCUUAUCUGACUGAGGAGGAUCUGGAUGAAAGUCCAAAAGGUGGUCUCGACAUCCUCAAGUCCUUGGAGAACACAGUGACCUCAGCCAUCAACAAAGCGCAGAAUGGAGCUCCAAGCUGGGGUGGAUAUCCUAGUAUUCAUGCUGCUUACCAGCUACCAAACAUAAUGAAGCUCUCACUUGGCAACACUGGGAGGGUCUCUGCCUUCAAAUACAUGUUCCCUGGAGGGGAUAUUUUCUCUACUGCAGGUAAGAUCCAGCCUCUGAUCUCACCUCCCAGCCGCCAGAACUCCCCACUACCCAAAAACAAUUUCCAUGCAAUGGAGGAACUGGUCAAGAAAGUAACAGAGAAAGUGGCCAAGGUAGAGGAGAAAAUGAGAGAACCCAGUGGUGUUGUGAAGGGAUCUCCUUUGAGACGUACCACGCCGUCGCCCUGCAACAGCGAGGCAGGGGACUCAGCCAGAGGAGAGUCGCCCAAAGAAAAUAGAGCAGGAAGCUGUAAAACUCCAGAGAAUACAGGUGGGGCGGAAAAAGCAGGAACUGAUGGGAGUGCAGCUACUCACAGAGAUUCAAAUGGAGAUAUUUCUAUAAAAGAAUCUGUAGAGAAUGGCGUGGAGUCAACAGAUGUGACACCUGCCUCUCUGUGUGGCAGUACAGCAAUCAUCACAGACCAUCCUCCUCCAGAACAGCCAUUCGUCAACCCCCUCAGCGCACUGCAGUCGGUAAUGAACAUCCACCUGGGGAAGGCCGCGAAGCCUGCCCUACCCUCCCUUGACCCCAUGAGCAUGCUGUUCAAGAUGAGUAACAGCCUGGCAGAGAAAGCAGCAGUGGCUGCUUCCACCCCACCGGCACAGACCAAAAAACCUGGUAAUGAACGCUUAGACCGCUACUUCUACCAGCAACAUCUAAACAAUGACCAACCCAUAGAUCUCACCAAAGGAAAGAACGCUGACAAAAACCACAGUGGUGGCUCUUUGGGUUCCACGGCUCUCUCUUCCAACACCGCCUCCCCGACUUCGAUUUCUCCCUCCUCCGCUGUCACUAUGACCAAAGCCUCAGCCGCAGUAGCUUCCUUCAUGUCCAGCUCCCCUUUGAGAGAAAACGCACUGUCCGACAUCUCCGACAUGUUGAGGAACCUGACAGAAAGUCAGAUGGUCUCCAAGUCCACCACACCUACCAGCCUGUCCGAGCGCGCCGACAUCGAAGAUAUCACACUGGAUGAGAUGGAAGAUAUUUCUCCAGCCCAGAAGCGUAAAGGCCGGCAGUCCAACUGGAACCCUCAACACCUUUUGAUCCUCCAAGCCCAGUUUGCCGCCUGUCUGAGACAAACGAGUGAUGGCAAAUACAUGAUGUCGGACCUGAGCCCACAGGAGAGAAUGCACAUCUCCCGUUUCACUGGCCUCUCAAUGACUACAAUAUCCCACUGGUUGGCUAAUGUCAAGUACCAGCUUAGGAGAACCGGUGGAACCAAGUUCUUGAAGAACUUGGAUACCGGUCACCCAGUGUUCUUCUGCAGCGACUGCGCCUCCCAGAUUCGCUCACCGUCCACCUACGUCAGUCACUUGGAAUUCCACUUGGGCUUCCGUCUGCAAGACCUGGCCAAGCUUUCUGGCGAGCAGCUGCUCAGCCAGAUUUCGCAACAACAUCAUCAACAACGCCACACCAAAGGACUAUCUGAAAAACUGCUCUCUAGUUUUCACCAAUCCAGCCACCCUUUACCCUCCUCUUUACCCACAUCCCUAGCCUCUUCCUUACCCAUCUCCUUGCCCUCAUCCUUAACCACUUCUCUGACCUCAGCUGAAUCCCCGUCACCCUCCCCCGACAACGACGACUGCGUGGCUGUUCACCAAUGUAAGCUCUGCAACCGGACAUUUGCGAGCAAGCAUGCGGUCAAGCUUCACCUGAGCAAGACUCAUGGGAAGUCCCCCGAGGACCAUCUCAUGUAUGUGUGUGAGCUGGAGAAACAGUAACACUGGCUGGGGACAAUGCAGUGUUCUUUUGUAAUGGCUCACUCUUUCUGGCUCUGUCUCUCUUAAGAAGCCUUUCACAGACAAUUCUUUCGAAGAGAAGAAAGGAAUAUUAACGUGAUGGAACUGCACAAAGAUGCCAUACAACUACUGUUUUAGGUUUUGGCACAUGGUUUUAAAUUUUGUGUUGUAGAAGUUGUUUGUUUUUCCUGUGUUGCUGAGUGAGGUAGUCUCCCUCUGGCAUAAGACACUUGAUUUUAGUGAUCUGCUUUCACAGGAAUAGAGUGACUUUUUCUUCAAAUUGUACAGAUGUGGGCGGUUGUCAUUUAGAAAAUACAGUAUAUGAAGGUUUUAAAAAAAAGAGAUUCUAAAAUGGAGUGGCGUGUAUUUUGAAAGUUGUGUAAAUGGAAUUAGGUUCCUUUAUAUUUUGACAUCACUGGGAUGUGAUAAGCUGCAUGCAUAAAUGAAACAAUUUGGUUAAACAUUUUAUAACUAAAUCUGGGUGCACUUUCCUGAUUUCUUUUUUUAAAUAUUUUUUUUAUUCCACUCUUCUGCUUGUUUGCUCUUUUUUCAUUUUGUUGUUUUGUUGUGGUGCUGUAGUCAGCAUUUACAAUUUAACCCUCUGAGUACGUCAAAGCACUUCUACACCUAAGAUCCAAACACUAUUGACUCAAGAUUUGAGAUUGUGAAUUAUUGAAGCUAUUGUGAGAAUUUGAUGGACAAUGUGUGCAUUGUGUCUGCAAUGCCAGUUUCCCAGACAAACAGUAAAUUAAGUCUAAUCCUGGAAAUGAAAGCAUUUUAUGAAAAGGAAAUUCACUGCAAGGUUUCAUCUUCGGAUUCAUAUUUGUUUGAGAUAUGUUCGCCAGACUUGAUAUAAGUAUUGUAGCUAUGCGGUAAAAAGAAAAAAGAAAUCUUUUACUUUGGUCGAUCGGAGACCUAAAUUAAUUCAGGUCUGUGUAAAAUAUGUAAAUACAAACAUAUUAACUAAUUCCUGUCUAAAUUAUGCAUAAUUUCUAUUUUUUAAUUUAAAACGAUUAUGACUAUCUGCUGGUGCACAGUAUAUGAAGACAUAAAUAAAAUUGUUUUGCACAAUAGUUUUAUAAAUGUGUUAUUUAAUCAAACGAUACGAAAAAAAAGAUGACAACAGGUGAAUCUUUUUAUUCCUAACUCGUGCUCAAAGGGUUAAACACUCUUUUUACCAGACACUACUCUACAUGUGCCGCUGUAUGAACACUAAAAAAAAGAUACUAAAGGUUGUACAAAAAAAGAUGUUACUUUAUAAAGAUAUUUCACAUGUAAACUGUUAUUUAUAAGCACUCUUGGUUGUUUCAUAUUGUUGAAUGCCUUUUCGAUUGGUCCUAUUUUUUGUUCUGUCUAAUUACUCUGCCACAAUUUCCACACUGCAGCUUUAUCUUUUUCGGAAAUUAAAGGUAACCAUGGUUACACUAAUCUCUUGAGUGACAUGUUCUGCUACAUUUUUGGCAGUUAAUUUGCGGAAGUAACUGACAGCUGCCAGGGUAGAGAAAUAAUGAAAAAAAUAUCCUUAUGUGUAAAAUAUCGGCAUGUAAACAGCACAGAUACUGUAAUGCAUUCUGUGCUGUUAGUCUUUUUUUCAUUUUGUUCUUUUUCCGUUUUCUGUUGUUCUUGACAAUGAACCCCCAUUAUAUGACUUCAUAUAACCUUGUUUUCUACUGCAGCAUUAAAAAAAGGAAACUGUUUUUUGCAA